AAGCUGUGUCACUUGUCUUUAUCAACAGCAUUCCUUCAACUGAUGCUGGCUGAUUGCUGUCGACUCGGCAUUAAAAUGAUUUACAACGCUUCAUCUCACGACGAUGCAGACCUGUAUUUUCCAGUUAUUGUUAAUCUUGAGGCUGAUCGCCUUGUGAGCAGUCAAAAGAACCUUGUUCCCUUAUUGCCACAAACUGGGAUAGCGUUCCUGGUUUUAGAAGGAAGCAAAAGUGAUCACACGUGGCGAAUUGUGAAGUCGCUCUUCGCCACUUGGCCAGUCUUAAUCCUUAUACUUGUCUUGUCACUCCUCGCGGGGAUUGCUGCCUGGUCACUGGAGACCAGGAAGAACUCGGACAAUUUUCCUCCCAUGUUUACCAAAGGUGUCUGGGAAGGUUUCUGGUGGGCUUUUGUUUCCAUGACAACUGUGGGUUAUGGAGAUCGCUAUCCAAAGUCAGUUGGAGGUCGCCUGUUUGCAGUACUAUGGAUUUUACUGGGAAUGUGUAUCAUAUCUAUCUUUACUGCGACGUUGACUUCCUCCAUGACAACUCUUUCGUUGGAGGCUAAAGUCAAAUUAUCCGGAACAAAGGUAGUAGUUCUUGUUGGUUCCAUUGAAAUGGUAACGGGAAUUCAACAUCAGGCCAGUCUUACACGUGUGAGAACAGUUGGUGAUAUUUAUGAACAUUUGGAGAGUGGUAAAUAUGAAGGGGCUCUGAUGGAUAGUUACCUCUUAGCACAUUACAAAAGAAACAAUCCGCCAAGUACCCGGAAACUAAAGGUUCAAGAAGUUUUUCAACAGAAGUAUUUGGAAUACGGUGUACGCGUGAAAGAUCCAAAGUUGGCCGAGUGUCUUCGCGAAAAGAGGUUCACUCAGGAAGCAGAAUGGUAUGAGCACGCAGAAAUACUUCUACAGCAAUCUCUAUUGGGUGAAUUUGAAAACAAGAACGAGAACAAUGUCAGCUUAUUCGACCCUGACGGUGUCCUGUAUUUUCCGUUUCUCUUUACAUGCGUGGGAGUGGCUGCCCUGUUAUUAUUGACCGGUGGAGCCUGGGACUUGUGUCGCAAAAUCAAUCACCGAUUAAAGAAAAAAGGACGAAAGGACAAUUUUCCUAUUUCGUUGGCUAGAGCUAGUCUGAUCACGGACUGCAUAAACCAAGACAAGAUGCAUGAUCUUGAGAAGAAGAUUGAGGAUCUAAAUAAAACUUUCAAAAGUAUCAAGAAUGGAGCAAUCGUCGUAUCUCCUCGUUAUAACAAGGAAGCGAAUGAAGUAAUAUGACGUUUGAUAACAAGCCUUCCAUAGCAGAGUUUCAUAGGAGGAGUAUGGAAGAUAACAAUAGAACAUAAAAUUGAUUGGCUCAUGAAAAUGCAGUAGAAUGGAAUCAAGUCUUAGAGAGUAAUCAUAUUCAUGAAAAUCAUGAUAUUACAUGACCAAAAGAGCACUACUAGCAUAUUCACUAAAAUAUUAACUAGCAUAUCAAUUAAAAGAGCAUUACUGUAAGUCAAUUAAUGUUCCAACACAGGUAACUGAUUUAUCCAUCCGUAAUAUCAAGUUUAUUCAAUGACCGUAACAUUAUCUGACGGUACUGCUAACAAGCGUGCCACAUUUUGCGUGAGCUGCUCGCAAAAGUCCACGAGCGAUGAUGUUGUACUAUCAUGCAGUUCCGAUUAGAUUAUGACUUGCUAUUUCUUUCUUGUGGCAGAUGAUGAGGGCGGAACCUGAAUCACUUAUAUAGAGAUCGAGAUUACAUAAGACAUAGACAUUUAUUUACUUCAUUUAUUUAUUUCAUUUAUUUACAUAGACAUCGAGAUUACAUAAUCUUAUUAUUCUAGUAUAGAUGUACUAGUCGUUCAAAACUUAACUUGAAGCAAGACAGGCUCGUGUCGAUAUUUAAUAUUGUGUUUUUUACACGCGCAUACUCUGUCGGGGUACUCCCACUAUUCACUGUUAAUCGUGGAAUAGAUUGUAAGUAGCAUAGCCAAUCAGAUUGCAGUAGUUAUGAUAGAACGCCGGUAGAUUUAUGCUAAAAAAUAAAAGGGUAAGAAGUAAAAGAAACCAUUGCCAGGCAAAGUUGAUUGUGUCAUGACUCUUACAUGAAUGACGCUGAGAGGAAAAAAAUACAAAAACAGUCAAUGAUGUAGACGUACGGCAAAAACUUGACAAUUUAUAUAUUAAGGGACUAAAACAAAUUUCAUUUACUUUCUGACAGCUGAUAGGGCUUAUGCUUUCUUCGUUUGUUUGUUUGCUUUACUCACUUGACUUGUGACCUACUCACUCCUCAUAUAAACUGCUUCUUUUCAUUCUGCUUGAGAAUACAGUGAAAAAAUAGUUGAUAAAUUUCGUACAAGU